UACAAAUUCAAUUGCGAUUCAGCAUUCGUUCGAAGCGGUUGUGAAUGCGCUCGCGAGUCGCGCUACAAAUUUGUGAGAUUAACAGAUGAAAGCAAAAAAAAAUAUUAAAAGCUACAAGUGUUAACCGUUAAAAGUGUUUAGGCCAGAAACACAUCAAAACAUUGGCCAGCAACAAAACAAAUUAGAGAAACAAUUACAAAUACUUAAUAAUUUAAGAUCGUCACAAAGAUCUCGAAAAGUGCAAGAAAUAACAACUUUUAAAACAAAAAAUUCUGACGGUUACAAUUUGAAUUGUUGUGAAAGUGUUUCUUGAUAAAAAUGCAAAUUUAAAAAGGAAUAUAAUAAAUUUGUAUUUAAUCGAAACUGAAGAAAUCGAAUGGAAUUUAACGUUGCAAUUUGAAAACAUUAUGUCGAUUGUGUGCACGUUAGAACAGAAAGUGCAAUUGUUUAAAGAGGCUGCAACCAACAACAAUUUUCUUAUACUCAAGAACAACAACAGCAACAACAACUGCAGGGAUAAUAUUAAUAACACUCACUUUACGCAGUUUACAACAUCAACAACAACAAAUAACAACAGCAACGCACAAUUUGUGCAGGAGAAUAAGCUGAAAGUGCAGUAUUAUUCUGUGCAGGAUCAGCAUAGAGAGUAUUUGACGCGUCAACUGUUGCACUCCGUGGCACUUAAGCAAGAGCAGGGGAGCGAACAGGAGCAGGAACAGAAACAGGAAGUAACAAUACCGACGGCAAUGCCCGAGGUGCUCACCCAGAAUCACAACAAAGCCUCCUCCAUGAUCAUGAGCAGAAUGACGACAAUAUCACCAACGCUGUCCAUGAACGGCAGCUCCAAUGAAGCCACAAAUUUGCAUCCAUUGUCCAUGUAUGGCGGAUCCAUCAGUCCACAGUCCAAUGACAGCGGCAUGUCGGACAGUCACAGUAUGGCCAGAUCUGGCUAUGGCGAGAGUCACGGUCACGGUCACAGUCACAAUCUGAUGGGCAAACCAAGUAAUGGAGGUGGAGGUGGCGGUGGAGGCGGAGGUGGAGGUGGAUCACAAUCCACAUUGACAGCCGCACAGAAGGAGCUCUUCUCGCAGCGCAAACAACGCGAAUUUACGCCGGAUAAUAAGAAGGAUGAAAGCUAUUGGGAUCGUCGGAGGCGCAACAAUGAGGCAGCUAAGCGGAGUCGCGAAAAGAGACGCUACAAUGACAUGGUGCUGGAACAGCGUGUCAUUGAGCUGACCAAGGAGAAUCAUGUGCUCAAAGCCCAACUCGAUGCCAUACGCGACAAGUUCAACAUCUCUGGCGAGAAUCUGGUCAGUGUGGAGAAGAUACUGGCAUCGCUGCCCACCAGCGAACAGGUGCUCAGCAAUACCAAACGGGCCAAGAUGAGCAGCGGCUCAUGCUCCUCCUCAUCGUCCUCCUCCUCCUCAUCCUCAUCCUGCUCGGCCUCGUCGUCGUCGGGAGCGUCACCCGCUGGUGCCGGUGAUGGUUACAGCGUUGCAGGCGUUGCUCCUCCCCUGUCACCCAUCAUCUAUGGUCCCAGCUCGAAUGCACGCGCCAAUGAGGCGACAUCCCAGAAGAGCGGCCAUCAUCAUCACCAUGUGCAACAGUUGCCACAUGGCGCAGCUGCUCCGAGCGCUCCUCCUCCGCAUCUACAGUCGCAUCUGCAGUCGCAUCCACAUCCACAUGCGUAUCAGCAACAGUUGCAUGCGGAUGCAGUUGCUCCUGCCAAUGAACGUCCGCCCAACAACAACAAUCACAGCAACAGCAACAAUGCCAUUGCCAAUCUGCAUGUGCUGCAACAGGCGCUGCAUCGCAAUGUGCGUCCCGAGGAUUUGGACAGCUUGCGCAAGGUUGUCGCCGUCGGAGCUCUGUACAAUGCCGGAGUCGGAGUGGGAGUGGGAGCAACGGUAACGGGCGCAACCGGAACAGGUACGGUAACGGGAGCUGCUCUGUAUGCCAGCUCUGCUGCCACGCCCACAUCCGCCUAUGUCAGCAUAAGCAAGGAGCAACUGGAGGCGGCCAAUUAUCUGCAUAAUCACAGCAUCGAUGCUGCCGUCAGCAGCAGCGCCGUGGAUGCAGUGAGCAGCACCUGCUCCUCCUCCAACUCUAACUCCAACGCCUCCAACUCCAACUCCGCCACCUCCAGCUCCAACUCUCACUCUUCGUCGUCUGCUGUGAGUUCCGCCGCCGCCAGCGUCUUGAAUCUGUCGAGGCGUGCCUGCUCCCCCAGCUAUGAGCACAUGUUGUCCUCGACCACAUCCUCGACACAUCACUCGUCCGCCUCCUCAGCUCUCUCGUCCGCCUCAUCGUCGGGCGCCGUUUCCGGUGACGAUGAGCAGGACCACGACAUGGCCGAGGAGACAACGCAUCCACAUCCGCAUUCACAUCCGCCUCCGCAUGGGCUUCCACAUGGCGUUCACUUGGCACCGCCAGCGAGUGACGCCAACAAUUGUCUGCCCCUCAAGCUGCGUCACAAAUCCCAUCUGGGGGACAAGGAUGCGGCUGCCACCGCGCUCCUCUCGCUGCAGCACAUCAAGCAGGAGCCAAACUGCAAUCGGGCAUCCCCGCCAGCGUGGAACGAUGGUGGUGACAACUCCAGCGAUGAGCGCGACUCGGGCAUCUCCAUUGCCAGCGCCGAGUGGACAGCACAGUUCCAAAGGAAACUCCUGGCACCUAAAGAGGUCGCAGUUGGAGUCGCAGUCGGAGUUGGAGUUGUCUCCAAUGUGGAGCGGGAGCAGAUGCUUAAGAGCCAGCUGGAACGCUUGGAGUCGGAGGUGGCAAGCAUCAAGAGCAUGAUGAUUCUCGCCGAUUAAACACAGCGGCGCAAAGAGUAUAGAAGAGAAGAGA